CCAAAAAUGAAUAAAAUAAUUUUCCAAUUAAAAACAAUUCUUCGACCAUUUUUCGUCUGUUUUGCUUUAUUUUGUCUUUUACCUUUCUGUUUUUUCUCCAAACAUGGAACUUUAUAUGGAGUAGUUUCUUCCUCUUCAAUAUAUCCACCAGAUCAAGAAACAGGAUUUGUCGAAUCCCUUCUAAUUUUCAAUCGACUUCCAGAGAAUUUACAAUCUAAUAAAAGGGUUAAAAGAGAACAAAAAACAAAUUCUUCAAAUAAAGAAAAUGAAAAUAAAUUUACUGAUGUAGGAGGAAAUACUGGAGCAACAACUACUACUCCUUCAGCUAAAACAACUAGAGAAUUUUUAAGAAAAGAAAUUCAUGGAAGAAUUGUUAUCAAAAUUGGGCAUAUUGGGGCUAUGGGAGCAAUGCCGAAUGGUGAUCGAGUUUUGGAAAUUAGUCGACUAGCUUUAAUUGAUGAAGGAGUUCUUGGGGAUGAACUCGAUUUUGAUAUAACCUAUGCCAGCAAUUUUAUCCAAUCAGCAGCAUCAUGUGGCGAUACUUUUGAAGGAGUUGCUGUUGCUGCUUCAAUGUAUCAUAAAGAAAAAGUCAGAGCUUUCUUAGGACCUUACUGUGCUAGCGAAUUCGAGGCCGUUGCUAAAAUGUGUUCAUUUUGGAAUAUUCCAGCAAUUUCUUAUAUGCCUACAUCGACAGCAGUUUCUGACAGAAAUAUUUACAAAACAUUAGCACGUCUUUCCUCAAAAAAUACAAAUUCUAUAGCUAAAGCUGUGAUAAGAAUGGUGGAACAUUAUGGGUGGAGAAAGAUUGCAUUAGUAACAAAUAGUGGGCCUAUUGCUUAUGAACGUGUAGCAGCUUUUGAAGAAGAAUUUCGUCGAACAAAUACAGUAACUGUUGUUAAGAAGGUAAUUUUUGAUGAAAAUUGGGAUUCUAAUGAAAUAAUAAAGAGUGGUUUGCUUAAUGAAAUUUCACAAAAUGCUAGAAGUAAGUUUAUACUUCCAUAA